GUUGAAUAAUGUCGUGGUUGGAGUGAGUGGUUGAAAGGACACAUUUUCCUCGAAAUACUGGAAAUGAUAAUGAAAACAAAUUCAAAUGAUCGAUUAAUUCACGUGAAUUUUGAUGUGCUCCCAGUGUUUAUAUGACUGAAGUACUGUUUGAAUUGUGUAGUGUAUGUUAUUUACAAAGACUCCAUCAUCGUAGAGGAAGCAUCAAAGAUAUCACCGAUGAGCCGAGGCGCAGCAGAUCUUGAUCUGUCGUGGAGACGGAUGCCGUGAGCUCUAUCCCAAGGAGCGCACGACGUCGGCGUGAUGAGCACAACCCGCCAGAAUGCGUCGGCGGCCAUUUUAAACCGGGAACUGACGCGUUUGUCGGCUCGAGAUGGCCGUCAAUCGCGGCGUACGCGCAUCCAGCCUCCUUGCGCACGCGCAAUCCCAUACUCCACCACGGCACUAUGAAAUGUGGAAACACGGCAAGUGGCGACAGAAAACGUCACCACCAAGGACAAACGCAGCCGUUAGGGUUCCCAGAUAGAAACUUUGUAUAGUGAAAUCCUUAGAGGCCUAAGUGUUACUUUUGUGUGUAAAUAUAGUGGUGUAUAGAUGUUAAGGAUGGCGGGCGAUAACCGAAGUGCGCGCGCGCCGCUGCUGGAGUGCGGAGGAUCUGAGUUCGCACAUCCGCAUAAGACUUCAGCGCCGAGAUGUUGCUUCUGGCUCGCGAGCCACGUCAAUGUGAGGAAGUGUGUCGCCGGCGUCAUGCUGCUAUCCGUCCUCACCAUAUUCUUCUAUACAUAUUACGUCACAGUACCUCUCACUAGUCUGGUGUGGCGCGACCGCGUCCCGCGACCGUUGUCGCAAUGCUCGUUGCUCGCGUCGCAGCAACAAGCGGCGCGCGACCACCGCAGUGACGCGCGUCUACGCAUUGACGCGAAGGUACUGGUGAUCGUCGAGUCGGCCUACUCGCGACUUGGACGCGAUAUCGCCGAACUGCUUGUCGCCAACCGUAUACGGUACAAGGUGGAAGUGGCGGGCAAGAGUCUGCCCGUACUUACCACUUUGGACAAGGGGCGUUACGGCGUGAUCGUGUUCGAAUCGCUAUCGAAAUACGCGAACAUGGACAAGUGGAAUCGAGAGCUUCUCGAUAAAUACUGCAGGGAAUAUUCCGUGGGUGUUGUUGCGUUCGCAACGCCCGGGGAAGAGACUCUUGUCGGCGCACAGCUGAAAGGAUUCCCUCUGUUCAUGCACACUAAUUUGAGGCUGAAGGACGCAACAUUGAACCCCGCAUCACCAGUGCUCCGGCUAGCGCGGGCCGGAGAAACGGCCUGGGGCCCUCUUCCUGGGGACCACUGGGCAGUGUUCAGGGCCAACAGUUCGACAUACGAACCCGUCGCUUGGGCACUUCGGCAGAAUGAGUACGGAUCCAACGAGGAGCGCAUGCCGCUAGCGACAGUGAUACAAGACCACGGCCGUUUGGACGGCGUCCAACGAGUUCUCUUCGGCUCCGGCCUACAGUUCUGGCUACAUAGGAUACUGUUCCUGGACGCGCUCAGCUACCUCAGCCACGGCCAGCUUAGCUUGAGCCUCGACAGGUGGAUACUCGUCGAUAUUGAUGAUAUCUUCGUGGGAGAAAGAGGUACUCGUCUUCACGAAGAAGACGUGGCGGCCAUGUUGGCGUCUCAGGCGGCGUUGCAAAGACUUGUUCCAGGCUUUAGGUUCAACCUAGGCUACAGCGCUAAGUACUACCAUCACGGUACAUCCUUGGAAAAUCAAGGCGAUGACGCUUUGUUGAGGAACAGGGAACAUUUUAAUUGGUUUUGUCACAUGUGGAACCACCAGCAGCCUCACUUAUACAACAACGUGACGCAUCUAGAAUCCGAGAUGAUGCUCAACAAACAGUUCGCCAUAGAGCACGGCAUUCCGACCAACUCAUCUUACUCCGUCUCCCCCCACCAUUCCGGGGUCUACCCCGUACACGAGCCGCUGUAUGAAGCCUGGAGGAAAGUCUGGGACGUCAAAGUGACCAGCACUGAGGAAUACCCGCAUCUCAGACCCGCUAGGUUGCGAAGAGGUUUUCGACAUAGAGGCGUGAUGGUUCUUCCGCGUCAGACUUGUGGGCUGUUCACGCACACGCUGCUUCUAGAAAGAUACCCCGGGGGCCGGCAUCGUCUCGACCGAUCUAUACAAGGAGGAGAACUCUUUCAGACUGUCAUCAAUAACCCCAUAAAUGUGUUCAUGACCCACAUGUCAAACUACGGAAACGAUCGGCUUGCCCUCUACACCUUCGAGUCCGUUGUGAAGUUCUUACGAUGUUGGACGAAUGUCAGGCUUGCGUCUGCGCCGCCUCUAGCACUGGCCGAUAAGUACUUCCAACUUAGGCCUGACGAGCUCAAUCCAUUGUGGGGGAAUCCAUGUGACGACAUCCGCCACCGUCGCAUCUGGUCGAAGAGUAAAUGGUGCGGGACCCUGCCACGAGUACUAGUCAUAGGGCCGCAGAAGACUGGAAGCACCGCCCUUUAUACUUUCUUGGCGAUGCACCCCGCUUUGGUGCCAAACUUGCCCAGCCCUACCACGUAUGAGGAGCUGCAGUUCUUCAAUAACAACAAUUACCUGAAGGGGCUUGACUGGUACCUGAACUUCUUCCCGCCGAAUAUGAGCAACACCACUCAGAUAACGUUUGAGAAGUCAGCUACAUAUUUCGACGGUGACCUGGUGCCGAGGCGAGCGCAUGCGUUGCUGCCCAACGCUAAGAUCAUUGCUAUACUCAUAUCGCCAUCUAAAAGAGCGUAUUCGUGGUACCAGCACAUUCGGUCGCACGGCGAUGCGGUUGCGAACAACUACACGUUCCAUACAGUCAUCGCGGCGAAUGAUUCUGCACCGAAACCCCUCAGGGAUUUGAGAAACCGCUGCCUCAACCCAGGCAAGUACAGUCACUACCUGGAGCGCUGGCUCGCAGAGUACAGCAGCCACCAACUCCACAUCAUCGAUGGGUCCCUGCUGCGCUCCGAACCGGCCGCGGUCAUGAACACGCUGCAGAAGUUCCUCAAGAUAUCGCCGCAUAUCGACUAUAAUAAGUUGCUCAAAUACGAUCCAAAAAAAGGAUUUUUCUGCCAAGCAGUAGGCAACGACCGGACGAAAUGUCUGGGUAAAUCCAAAGGUCGGAUAUAUCCGCCGAUGGAGGAGAAGUCGGCCAAGUUCCUGAAACGCUACUACACGCCGCACAACACUGCGCUCUCCAAGCUCCUAGUGAGGAUCGGCCGGCCCGUGCCGCAGUGGCUCAAGGACGAGCUCUCGUCUAACGGAUAGCAUAUCUUUCAACCUAUAAGGUUGGAACGAAAAAAGAAGGCGCUACAAGGCUUGAUCAAAGUCUGUGUCAUCAGGAUCCCUUGACGAGGCCAAGGGUCGGCGAUAGUACGACAGUCCUUAAGUUACAAACUGUGGGCGUACGUCGCGAAUCGCGUUACGCUAUUGUUCUUUCCAAGUGUUUCAAUGUGAGAGUAUCCUUGUUGAACAAAUAUCUUUGUCUAUCGAUUCUUGUAAUAUAAUGUUUUAAAGAGUGAUAUUAAACGACUUAAAGUUCUCGAUCUGUUGGAACGGGAUGAAGAAUCUAAUUAUUGUUUUAGUAUAAUUUUUACUGUAUGUAGUGUGGGGGUGUAGUAAAUGACUGUGUGUUCCCAGUGAACGGUUACGAUUCGACUUUGCUUGCCUGAUCAUGUUGUUUCUUAGCCAUAUUUAUAUGGACAGCGUCCGGCACUCGUGCGCCGGUCUAGGUGCUAUUUGUUAGUAGUUUCAUUCAACUUUAACACGUUUGGUUAUUACUAUUCGUCUCGAUUAUUUUAGUCGCCAUUAUGUUAUUAUAUAAUUCAUCAUGAUUUUAUGCUAAAUUUAUAACGCUUUGUAAUUAGGUAUUAAUAUAUUAUGUUAGACAUAUAAAAUGGUUGCAAAUAAUAUUUCAUUCCACGCUCUAACCGACCGUUGCUACACGCUUAUUUUAAUAUUUUUGUUUUUAUUACAAUGUACGUACCUGAUGCAAUAUGUAAAUUUGUAGUUAAUUUUGUACGUUUCAUAUAGAUGUAGUUCUAAUAUUAUUUUAAACAAUCUCCUUGUCUUUCUGUGCCAUAAAUAUGAAGUGACACAAGUGGCACUGGAAUAUAUUUUAUUUUAAUCAUUAUUUUUAAUCUAUACGUAUAUUUUACAAUAGAACAAAACACUAGUCUUUUACUAAAUGCGACAGAAUGACAUUCGUUGAACAUAGCACAAGCGUAUGGUUCGUGUCACAUGAACUGUCACACGCUUACUGAAUCACACACAUCCAUAUUAAAUUCAGUUACCGAAUUAGCCGUAAGGAUUUUUAAUAUACAUAUUGAAGAUGUCGCGUUAUUUUUAAAUAAAUGAUAAUAUCAAUGACGACCCAAUGAAUGAAACAUAAAUGUAUUCCGUAUAUAUUUUGAUAUGCAUAAAUUUAUCGGCGAGAUAACUCGGCAAGGAAGAUGAAAGUUUUUGUAAAACUGAUUCAUUAUAGGAAUUUUCUUACUAUUUGUUGUAAUAGAUGUCGGUACUUAAAACUUGUAAAAAUUCUUUUCUCGUGAAAAUACAUAGAAAAGUACAGAAAAAUAAAUAUAACGAAAUCGAUAUUUGAAUAGCGUUAAAUAAUAAUAUUUUUAUGGUACAUAAUUUUAUUACGUUUUUGUUUAAUGUUUGUCGAGAGGCUUCAUAUGAAAUUUAUUCAAACUCUGAUGUUCUUGAUAUAUUGUGAAGAUGUGUGUAACGUAGAACCGGCCUUACAAUGUUUAGAAGCGAGCUAUGAAACUGUACGGUGUUGCAAUUUGUGAACAUGUCUAGACAUGGAUCGUUUACAUCAGUCACUGUGACGUCACCGACGGCGCAUACCUACUUCUCUCUACUAUAUUUUGUGCUCCACUAGAAAAUUAUCAAGUUCGUAUCAGUGUGAAAUCAAUUAGACAGUGCCCUAAUCAUUUUCUGUAAUAGUUGUUAUUUCUUAUUAUCGUUUCUAACGGUACAGCCAAUGACUGCUCUUAAAAUGUGUUCUUUAUAAGAAAUUAAUACAUCACUUAUUUUAUUAAAUGAUUUAAACCUCAAA